CCGAGAACUGCUUCCGGGUCAGGGCGCCGGAGCCACCAUGGAGACUCGCGGGGCUGCAGGGCUGACGGAACCGCGGGUCGGUGUCAGAACCGAGUGAAACGCUGCUUGGCCAGCACCGCCUGGGACACGCAGGCCGGUCCCGGGGAGCCGCGGUCGCCGCCAUGUCGGUGCUGGGCGAGUACGAGCGGCACUGCGACUCCAUCAACUCGGACUUUGGAAGCGAGUCCGGGGGUGGCGGGGACUCGGGCCCGGGGCCCAGCGCCAGUCCGGGGCCGCGGGCCGGCGGCGCGGCGGAGCAGGAGGAGCUGCACUACAUCCCCAUCCGCGUCCUGGGUCGCGGCGCCUUCGGGGAGGCCACGCUGUACCGCCGCACCGAGGAUGACUCACUGGUUGUGUGGAAGGAAGUUGAUUUGACCCGGCUGUCUGAGAAGGAACGUCGUGAUGCCUUGAAUGAGAUUGUUAUUCUGGCGCUGCUGCAGCAUGACAACAUCAUUGCCUACUACAAUCACUUCAUGGACAAUACUACCCUGCUGAUUGAGCUGGAAUAUUGUAAUGGAGGGAACCUGUAUGACAAAAUCCUUCGUCAGAAGGACAAGUUGUUUGAGGAAGAGAUGGUGGUGUGGUACCUUUUUCAGAUUGUUUCAGCAGUGAGCUGUAUUCAUAAAGCUGGAAUCCUUCAUAGAGAUAUAAAGACAUUAAAUAUUUUUCUGACCAAGGCAAACCUGAUAAAACUUGGAGAUUAUGGCCUAGCAAAGAAACUUAAUUCCGAAUAUUCCAUGGCUGAGACGCUUGUGGGAACCCCAUAUUACAUGUCUCCAGAGCUAUGCCAAGGAGUGAAAUACAAUUUCAAGUCUGACAUCUGGGCAGUCGGCUGUGUCAUUUUUGAACUGCUUACACUCAAGAGAACAUUUGAUGCUACAAACCCACUCAACUUGUGUGUGAAGAUCGUGCAAGGAAUCCGUGCCAUGGAAGUCGAUUCUAGCCAGUACUCUUUGGAAUUGAUCCAAAUGGUCCAUGCGUGUCUUGACCAGGAUCCUGAGCAGAGACCCACUGCAGAUGAACUUCUGGAUCGUCCUCUUCUCAAGAAACGCAGGAGAGAGAUGGAAGAAAAAGUCACUCUGCUUAAUGCACCUACAAAGAGACCAAGGUCAAGCACCGUGACCGAAGCACCCAUUGCUGUGGUAACAUCACGAACCAGUGAAGUCUAUGUUUGGGGUGGUGGGAAAGCCACCCCCCAGAAACUGGAUGUCAUCAAGAGUGGCUGUAGUGCCCGGCAGGUGUGCGCUGGGAAUACCCACUUUGCUGUGGUCACAGUGGAGAAGGAACUGUACACCUGGGUGAACAUGCAAGGAGGUACUAAACUCCACGGUCAGCUGGGCCAUGGAGACAAAGCUUCCUAUCGACAGCCAAAGCAUGUGGAAAAGUUGCAAGGCAAAGCUAUCCGUCAGGUGUCAUGUGGUGAUGAUUUCACAGUCUGUGUAACAGAUGAGGGUCAGCUCUAUGCGUUUGGAUCAGAUUAUUAUGGCUGCAUGGGGGUGGACAAGGUUGCUGGCCCAGAAGUGCUAGAACCCAUGCAAUUGAACUUCUUCCUCAACAAUCCAGUGGAACAGGUCUCCUGUGGAGAUAAUCAUGUAGUGGUUCUGACACGAAAUAAGGAAGUCUAUUCUUGGGGCUGUGGAGAGUAUGGACGACUAGGUUUGGAUUCAGAAGAGGAUUACUAUACACCACAAAAGGUAGAUGUUCCUAAGGCCUUGAUUAUUGUUGCAGUUCAGUGUGGCUGUGAUGGGACCUUCCUGCUGACCCAGUCAGGCAAAGUGCUGGCUUGUGGACUUAAUGAAUUCAAUAAAUUGGGUCUGAAUCAAUGCAUGUCCGGAAUCAUCAACCAUGAAGCGUACCAUGAGGUUCCCUACACUACCUCCUUUACGUUGGCCAAGCAACUGUCCUUUUAUAAGAUUCGUACCAUUGCCCCAGGCAAGACCCAUACAGCUGCUAUUGAUGAGCGAGGCCGGUUAUUGACCUUUGGCUGUAAUAAGUGUGGGCAGCUGGGCGUUGGGAAUUAUAAGAAGCGUCUGGGAAUCAACCUGUUGGGGGGACCCCUUGGUGGGAAGCAAGUGAUCAGGGUCUCCUGUGGUGACGAGUUCACCAUUGCUGCCACUGAUGAUAAUCACAUUUUUGCUUGGGGAAAUGGUGGUAAUGGUCGCCUGGCAAUGACCCCCACAGAGAGACCACAUGGUUCUGAUAUCUGUACCUCAUGGCCUCGGCCUAUUUUCGGAUCUCUGCAUCAUGUCCCAGAUCUAUCCUGCCAUGGUUGGCACACCAUUCUCAUAGUUGAGAAAGUCUUGAAUUCUAAGACCAUCCGUUCUAAUAGCAGUGGCCUCUCCAUCGGAACUGUGGUUCAGAACUCUAGCCCAGGAGCUGGUGGCGGCGGCCCUGGUGGUGGUGGCGAAGAGGAGGACAGUCAGCAGGAAUCUGAAACUCCUGACCCAAGUGGAGGCUUCCGAGGAACAAUGGAAGCAGACCGAGGAAUGGAAGGUUUAAUCAGUCCCACGGAGGCCAUGGGGAAUAGUUGUGGGGCUAGCAGCUCCUGUCCUGGUUGGCUUCGUAAGGAGCUGGAAAAUGCAGAAUUCAUCCCCAUGCCUGAUAGCCCAUCUCCCCUGAGUGCAGCAUUUUCAGAAUCUGAAAAAGAUACCCUGCCCUAUGAAGAGCUGCAAGGACUCAAAGUGCCCUCCACAGUUCCUCCAGAGCACAAGUCCCCAGUGGGAGCCUGGCCAUCACGGUUGAAUCCUGCAGUACCAUGUGCUGGGAAGGGAACACCGUUGACUACUGCCUGUGUGUGCAGCACUCUGCAGAUGGAGGUGGAGAGAUUGCAGGGUUUGGUGUUAAAGUGUCUGACUGAACAACAGAAGCUCCAGGAAGAAAACCUCCAGAUUUUUACACAACUGCAGAAACUGAACAAAAAAUUAGAAGGAGGGCAGCAGGUGGGGAUGCAUUCCAGAGGAACUCAGACAACAAAGGAAGAGAUGGAAAUGGAUCCGAAGCCUGACUUAGAUUCAGAUUCCUGGUGCCUUCUGGGAACAGACUCCUGUCGACCCAGCCUCUAGUCUCCUGAGCCUAUAUUGCCCCCAGGAAACUGGGAUCCAGAAUACUUCACAGCACACCUACCGAACGCAGAGAGCAGCUUUCCUGGCUUUGUUCACUUGCAGACAAGGAACGCAAGGCGGAGGCUCUGAAGCACUUUCCUAGUACAUUUGGAGAGUGGCAUUGCCUUUUAGAUAGGAUCUAGGAGUGAUUUUAUUGUUUUGGAGAAUGGAAGGGCCCUAUGGCCCUAGCUUUGUCACCAGUGACUGCCAUAGCAGCAGCAUACCUCAUCUGUUGAUCCCCCCUUUGAAGAGGAGACACGGUGCUCACUUUAAUCGCGCUGGUAGCAGCUCAUAUCCCAUUUGUCAUUUUCAUCGUUGAUUGGAAGCUGCCAUGGGAAUUCAGCACCAGGCAUUGCACCUCUGGGUGGGGGAGGGAAAAGUGUGAAAUGGGGGCAAGCUGGGACCAUGUGUGGCCCACCCAGGUUCCUCUGGAGAGUGGCAAAGUAUUCUGAGCCCUCUCAGGAGCCCAGAGUCCAGGAAAAUGUCUGGUGGAGUCAAUCUAGGGUUUGUUUUAAGAAAGUUCAAUUACUUCGUGCAGCUAAAUGCUUUAGGAGGAAAAGUGGGCUUAGAAUGCUUUUCCUCUGAGGGUUGAUUGAAAUGUCUUCCGUGAGGAGUAGACAAAGGGCAGGUCCCGCCUCAUCACACUGCUGGAGUUUCAGGCUGUGGCCAGUGCAGGGUGGGAUUUCCCAGCUCUGAAGGAUGCCUCCAAGAGAAGAGGUAUCUCAGAGGGUUCAGUGGGGGCAAUGAGAAGAGCCUUAGGAAAAUCACAAGGAGUGCCUCCAUCAGUGCCACUGCCUGGUGUCUGAGAGGCAUCAGGGUGACACUGAGUCUUCUACACCUGGGAAGCUUUUGUGCCUCUGCCUUUAUGGCUCUUCGAGGCCUAAUCCCUUCCUGUAUGUUUAGUCAGUAUUUUUCCCCUUUUUGGUGUUUUUGAAGCCAUGUCAUAACCAGUGAAUCUGAAUCAUCUUUCUUACUUGAGUGGCCCAAAGCCAGCACCAAACCCUGGAGGUCCCAGAAGCCUAACAAAACAGAUUGAACCUGCCAAAAGAAAGGAUUUUGGCGGUGAGCUCACUUGUGAUGUGCCUUUGUAGACAGGAGCAAGAGAAAUAGUGUCCAGGAAGAAAACAACUCCAUAUAGGUAGUUCUAGGCAAGUGUUAGAUGGUGCCCAUGAGGAUGUAGGCUUUGGGUUUCCACCAAGCCUUAUAAAGUGUUCCUGUGGUAGUUAGGGUCACAGGAGCUGAUUUGAUGGUCUUACAUCCUUCCUCCCUACAAGUCACAAAUAGUUUUGUUUUCAAAAACCAAACAGAUCUGUUAAAUAUUGCAGGAGGGCCUGUGUAAGGGAAAAUCUGCUAUUUCCCUUAAAUUGGUGGUGUAAAGGCUGGCGCUCAGAGAAAGUCUCAUCUCUGGGAAUGGGCAACUCUGUCCAAUGGGAUCCUCUUUGGUUUGAUGUCCCAUUGUUUUCUCAAUUCUGAGAAGAAUAGUACAUUAGUACUAAUGUAGUCACUGAAGCCUUUUCCUAAAAUAAGGGGAAGGCCAACCCUGAAUUAAGGUUACAAGAUCUGAGGGUUUGCUAUAAACCCUGACAGUUGGUUUUCGGUUCAUCAUAAAUGCAGCAUUGGUUUCUCAAGGACUGACUGGCCUCUCAACGUUCCUGCAUCCUGAUGCUCACCAUUUCAGCAGGCCUGAGCAGCAGGGCUAGUUUUGGUGUUCAUCAUGGAGCUGGCUUCUGCUCUGGAGCUAAGGGAUAUGGGUACGUUGCUGAGACUGUGGGGUGAUGGUGUUGAAGGGGGCUCAAAGCCCUUGCUUUGUUUCUAGAGGAGAGUCAUUCCCUAGCCGUGGAACGCAUUGGUCAGUUUCUCUAGCAUAUUUCCUAGGGAAGUCUAGGUUUGCUAGUAAUCUGCCUGAGAACCUGAGUUCUGUGCCUUAGAGACAAUUGCACUUUCCCAAAUUGUGCCUGGGACAACAUGAUUUUUCCCACCAAACAUCUAUGCAAACAGAAACCAGUUCAGAAGUGGCAGCCAUGCGUUGGAGAGAGUGAAAGUCAAGACAGCAGAAGUGCUUUUGAAUGGUUUCCUGUAGCUGAUUCCCCCCCCCUUUGUCCUGCUUUUCUUCUUUAUGCAGUGCUAGGUAUUGCUUUUGAGUUACAGUAUAACCUGAGUUACUCCUCUAUGCUGACACUGUUGCAGAAGAACUAGCUUAUUGUUAGCCAGAUGCUGGAAAGGUUGAGGGUGGAGUGGUUUGGCAUUUCUGUUUUAAAUAAACAUUUAAACUCUCAA